UUCAUUUGUGGUGAAGAGAACACCAAUACAGGCAGCAUGAGUACUAUAGGGAAAGUUAUUAGGUGCAGAGCAGCCAUACUCUGGAAGCCUGGUGUACAAUUUUCCAUCGAGGAGGUAGAAGUGGCCCCACCAAAGGCAAAGGAAGUUCGCAUAAAGAUUGUGGCCACGGGGCUCUGUGGUUCAGAGAUGAAAAUGUUGGAGAAUGAAACCUCUCACUACCAUUAUCCUAUCAUUAUGGGCCAUGAAGCAGCUGGAAUAGUUGAGAGUGUGGGAGAAGGAGUGAGCACAGUGAAAACAGGAGAUAAAGUUAUCACACUCUUUCUACCGCAGUGUGGAGAAUGUGCCUCUUGCCUUAAUCCUGGGGACAAUCUUUGUAUACAAAUCAAACAGUCGAAAUCCAGCCUGAUGUCUGAUGGAACCAGUAGGUUUACCUGCAAGGGAAAACCAGUGUACCACUUUGCAAAUACAAGCACCUUCUCUGAAUACACAGUGAUAAAAGAAAUCUCUGUUGCCAAGAUUGAUGCAGUUGCACCUCUGGAGAAAGUAUGCCUAGUUAGCUGUGGUUUUUCCACUGGGUAUGGUGCUGCAAUCAAUACUGCCAAGGUGACCCCAGGCUCUACCUGUGCGGUGUUUGGCCUUGGAGGGGUCGGCCUGUCUGUGAUCAUAGGCUGUAAAGCAGCGGGAGCAGCCAGGAUCAUUGGGGUGGACAUCAACAAAGACAAAUUUGAGAAGGCAAAAGAAGUUGGUGCCACUGAGUGCAUCAACCCACAGGACUUCAAGAAACCCAUCCAAGAAGUUUUAUUUGAUAUGACAGGUGCUGGUGUGGACUUUUGCUUUGAGGUCAUCGGAAAUCCAGAAACUGUGGAAGCUGCCCUGGCCUCCUGCAAUGAGAGCCACGGGGUCUGUGUGAUUGUUGGGCUCUUGGCAGGUGUCCAACUUAACAUCAGUGGCUGGCUGUUCCUCUCGGGACGUUCUUUGAAGGGAACUGUUUUUGGAGGCUGGAAAAGCAGAGAGAGCGCCUCUAAACUGGUUUCUGAUUAUAUGGCAAAGAAGUUUAAUCUAGAUCCACUAAUUACCCAUACUCUGAAUCUGGAUAAAAUCAGUGAAGCAGUUGAAUUAAUGAAAACCGGAAAAUGUAUCCGCUGUAUCCUGCUACCUUAA